AUGAUGAUGAUGGUACAGCACGGGCACGAGCAGGUGCAGGUGCAGGUGCAGGUGCAGGUGCAAAAGAUCGGCCCGCUGGACGCGCGGAGGAAGAGGUCCCGCUGCGAGGGCUGCGCGAGGAGCCAUGUCAAGUGUUCCGGCGGACACCCGUGCUCCCGCUGCUUGAAGCGUCGCACCGCGUGUUCAUACCCCGACGCGCAGGACACUGCCAGCCCGAAGCACUUUAUCCUCGUCAACGCGUCCGGGACACCCAGGCCGAGAUCUGCCGCGUCGCCGGCCGUACCACUCGCCGACGAGCGGCUCCGGCUCGUCGGGGCAUUUGACCUCUUUGCAAGGCGCAACAGCUUCACCGGCAAGACGGCCACGUGCGGCGACGAGGUGCGCGCGCUGGCGGGCCUGCACGCCGGCGAGAGCGGACACCUCUGGGAGGCCAUGAUGGCCCUGGGGGCCGUCUACGAGGCCAGGCUUGGGGGCGAGGCGGCGCUGAGGAAGAGCCGGAUGGUGACGGCGCUGGGGCACUAUGCGCGGGCGAUCUCUGGGCUGCGGACGGCCAUUGACAAGGGCAUGAGCGGCCGGAGACGUGGGAAGAGUCCAGCACCGGAGCAGACGAGCAUACUCUGGACGACGCUCUUCCUGGGGCUCUUUGAGCUCAUGAACGAUGCGUCGGGCGAGGGCUGGCGGCAGCACAUGGUGCACGGCACGGCCUCGGCGCUGCGGGCGACGGGGCCGGGUGCGUGCGCUCGGGGCCCCGGCCGGGCCUUUUUCGCGCAGGCGCGCAUCUUCGAGGCGUGCCGCACGAUUCUCUUCAACGAGCCGACGUUCCUGACGGACGCGGCGUGGGCGGAGCUGGCGCGCGGCAUGUGGGCGGGUGACGAUGGCCGGGUGAACGAGUGGCACCCGCUGGACUCGCUGCUGGAUAUCAUGGUUAUGUGUUCGCGGCUGCGGGUGAGGGCUGGGAGGUUGAUGGACGACUGGGAUGAGGGUCGCAAUGACGACGCAGACGAGGCGCGGGCCAUUUAUGCCGACGGACAGGGACUCUGCGAUGCGCUGCAAUGCUGGCACGAGGCAUACGCCCCAGACUCGACGGACGACGGCCCGACGGCUAUCAACAGCAACGACAGCAGCACGCUCCUCGCGCUCGUCUUCCACGCCGCAACGCGCAUCUACCUAUCCGGCAUAUUCGACUACCGACGCGCCGAGUGGACGCUUCUUUGCGGGGGACUCGCGCCCACAGCGAUGCUGCCGCAGGACGAGGUGGACGCGCACGUCGAGACGAUCCUGGGGCUGACGCGCACGGCGCUGGCGGAGCAGAGGAGCGGCGGCGGCGGCGGUGAUGAUGCUGAAGGCAAGCUGUCGCCGCUGCUGUUCCUGUUUCCGCUGCGCAUCGCGGGGGCGCGGGCGAGGGGCGGGAGGGAAGAAGACGGGGAGAGGAGGGAGCUCGUGGUGGAGUUGCUGGGGAGGCUUCGCGACAGCUUCCCUCUGCCUCCCCCGGCGCUCAACCACAGAUACACCGUCGCCAUGGGUCUCCCCGGCGGCAUCAUCACCAUCCUGCACGCCGUGCUGGCCGUGUUUCUCAUCAUCGAGCUCGGCCUGACCGCCUACGUCGUCAGCAUCACCAGCGGCUCCUGGUACGGCUGGUGGUUCGGCUCCUCGAGCGUCAACUUCAUGCUCUUCAACUCCAUCUGGACCCUCCUCGUGCUCGUCUACCUGGCCGUGAUCCCGCGCUUCGCCGAGCGCGCCUACCACUCGCUCGUCGCCCUCGUCCUGCUCGGCGUCACCACCAUCUUCUGGUUCGCCGGCAGCAUCGCCCUCGCCGCCCGCAUCGGCGUCCCCGACUGCGACCACGGCUCCGCCUGCCGCGGCAUCCAGUCCGCCCAGGCGGCCGUCGCGUUCGGCUUCUUCAUCUGGGUCAUUGUCACGGCGCUGACGGUGUUUGAGGGGCUGGGCUUCCUCAAGGGCGGCGCGCGCGCGGACACGACGCGCAAGCCGGGGAACCCCCCCGCUGCGGGUGUUUGA